UCCGCUUCCAAACCCCGUGCCAUGGGCAGGGACACCUUCCACUAGAGCAGGUUUCUCAAAGCCCCGUCCAACCUGCCCUUGAACACUGCCAGGGAUGGGGCAGCCACAGCUUCUCUGGGCAGCCUCUGCCAGCACCUCACCACCCUCCCAGGGAAGAACUGCCCAUGCACGAAGCACUGUGGUCACCAAUGAUCAGCACUGCAGGGCUUCUCUCCCUUACCCGCCUGCCUGUGUCCCUGAGGCACCCCCCGCAGCUGUGCAGCUCUGUCUAGCAACAGCCACUGCAUACAGACUUGUCUUGGAAGUGAUUCAGCACAAACGAGCUGUGUGUUCAUGUGGAUUUUUUUUUUCCUAACCCCAAUAGUAGGCAUGAGUGCUGCUCCAAAAUACCAGCUGGCAAGGUGCAAGAUGCUGUCUGGCAGCUGAGUGCUCCUGCUCAUGCUUAGGCUGCAUCGGCUGUGUGAAGCGUGAGAAAAUCCUGCCUAUAGCUCCAUCAAUCUUGGGAGCACCCUGUUUAUAUUCUCUUCAUGUUGUCUCAUUAGUGCAGAAACUUGCUUUCACACGAACGUUACCACCAAAAUAAUUGCCUAAUAUAAUUAAAGCUUCUGGCUCUUUAAGUUUGAUGGUGACAAAAAAAGGCCCCAUGUCUUUAUGAAUUAAAAGCUCCCCUGGUUGUGCAGUCUCGUUGAGUCUGUCUCCUCAGAAACACUGUGGUGGUGGUCCACAAGGCUUUUAACGCAUGUCAAUGGAGCAUUCGCCCCUGGCAGCGCAUUCUGCAGGCUUUGUAAUUGCUGUGCUGGCUCUAAUAUUUUAUGCAGCCCAGGGUCCAGAAGAAGCUUUGUAAGAGAAGGCUAAAGAAUUUAGCAGGAGUGGCUGACCAUGAGUACAGCCACUUUGAAGUUAUUGACAGUUCAUUCCUGUGAAUGCUGCCAUGCAGAUAUACCAAAUUAUUUUCUUUCUUCCAAAAAGUCAAUGAACUGUUACAAAAUUUACUCAAGUGUUCCACUAUUUACAGUAAUUGUGCCAUGAUAUUCCCAGUGAAGUAUUACUGUUUAUGUCUGUGUGAUGAGAAUGGAAAGAAAAUAUGCUUUUCUUAACGAGACAUGAAUGCAAAUCCUAUUUAGGAUGGGUUUCAUGUUUGCAGCAUUAGGAGGUUUGGCCCUGAUGAAAAUCAUGUGUGGUGCUAGUUGCUUUACUCCCUGUGAGUCUCGACUGGGAUUAUGUUCUUCCAAUUUAACAAUGUUAUCCAUUUAAUAAGUGGAGAGAGAUGAGUCAGAACACAACCCUAGAUCCCAGCUCUCAUGAAUUUAACAAGUAAGUACAGUCUGAAUCUGACCCUUCCACUCUGAAAAGACAAUCCUUACUGAACAGUAAGUACAGUUAAAAUUUUUCAUUCUCUUCAGGUUUUGAAUAGUAGAAUCAAGAAGAAACUACCUCGUCAGUGUGACACUGGACCUUUCAUUUGAAAAACUGUUAAAUUUAGUUCUAAUUUUUACUGCUUUAAGAAGAUACUGAGAAGGCGUAAAUUACAAUUAAGAGUCAGGCUACUUCAUACUGCACAGUACUGUAAAGGUGCCUAAGGGAGGCUGCUAUCCACUGAAAUCUGAUUCAUCAGUCUUCUAAAAUGCUCAGUAGAUGAACAGGUUGUGUAUGCAAAGGGGAGGAGAGUCCCUUCAGCAACGGGUGUGAAUCUGGGUAACCUCUGUGGGAGGUCACUGGGACUCCUUGCAUUUAUGGUGGCCUGUGUCUCUUGUGUGCAGGCGACAGGACAAGCUGCUAAAUCAGCAAGGACAGUUGUCAUUGCCGGUGUUCCAGAUGGCCUUCUGCACAAUGAUGUCAUGACCGACAUACUGACAAUUCAUUUCCAAAUGUCGAAGAACAACGGUGGAGAUGUGGAGGACGUAAUAUAUCCCACAGACAAAAAAGGAGUUGCAUAUGUAACUUUUGAAGAUCAAAAAGUUGUAGAGAGUGUUCUAAAAAAGGAUGAACAUCGACUAGAGGACAAGAGGUUCUCCAGAUACUACCCGCUGAAAGUAACCCGCUUCUCUGAAAAUGUCUUCAGCUCUGUCACAUGUGUCCUCGAUAUGUCUAUUUUCAAAGAACAAUUCAUUUUAGAAGAUCUGAUACAAGAAAUGAAAAAGAGUACAGAUUUGAACUUUGGUCCUUUGCAAUCCAGUGGGCAUAUUUCUGUUCAAGGGUCAUUUCCAGAUAUCAAAUUGUUAAGAGACUUUCUCUUAUUAAAAGCAAAAUCCAUUUCAGAGAAGGACAAAAGAGAAAAAGGUACGUCGCACCAGAGACCAAGAAGGAGGCAACAGCAGCCCGGACUUACCACGGAGAUGAGUAAUUUUGGUCAUGGUGUGGAAAAACAGGUGGUUGUUCUUGACACAGAUGUAUAUCGCUACCUGAAGUCCUUUUUUCCCAGGACAUUCAUAGUGAAUGAUGACACUGUGAUUUUUGACAUCACUGAUGGUGAUGUAACUACACUAUAUAUUGAGAAUGCUGGAAGUAGGUCUGAUGCUGGACAGGCAUUACGAGUCAAAGAGAAAAUUGAAAACUGGUCUAUAAAACUCCAUAAAACUCUGCGUAAGGAGAGGAUUGACUUCAAGGAACACACCAGAGAUGAAAAGCAGAGAUAUAGGAGGGCGUGUGAAAGCGUGAAUCCCCAUUACCCUCGUGUUUUGAUCAUCUUUUAUGAUACUCACAUUGAUGUUAUAGGAAAUCCUUCUGAGGUUUUUGAGUUUACAAAGAAAGUGAGCAAUGAGAUUCAGAGCCUGUUUUGUAGCAGGUAGAAAGUUAGUGUUUAUGUUGCUUACAUGUUGUACAGACUGUACCUGUGCACAUCUGUGUCACUGAAGAUCUGUCACAUUGCUCACACUCACAGGUUGGGCAGUCUGCAUCUGAGGGUGAACAAGCCCGUUCCUCCCGAUUAAGUUUGGAACAGGAAGUAAAUUACCUCUGUAUCUCUUGUGAGCUUAAGAGACUGAAGCAGUUAGGCCUCUUCUGUCUAGAUAAAACUCCUUUUUCCUUUGUUAGAUGUGUUCUGGGCGUAUGCACAUUCAUUCUCUUGGCAUCAGAGAGCACAGGAUGAGAAAAGACAAUUUUUUUAUGAGUUCUCAUUAGCAUAAGAAGCCUGACUGACAAAGCUGGGUAAGCCAACCUGAUACAAGAUACUGCACUGAAGUCAUGUUUCUCUGCACAGGGAGAUGACCACUGAAAACAGGAGUGGUGGCCUUUUUCUGUUGGCUUUAUCUGCAAAAGGAACUUCUUGUCAUUGGGAUGCAAGAAGAUACAGCUUUGACGCUUGAGGGGGUGAAAUGCUUAUUAAAUAUAUGAGCUUGUCAUGUCUUGAAAAAGACUUUAGAAGAUGGUAUUGGAAGUUCUUGACAGUAAAAAAAUAAGUACGUUUAUUUUCAUAAGAGCAAUAACAUGGGUUUUUUUUCCAGAAUCUCCCACAGAAGUACUGUAUACCUAUUGUCCCUCAUCUUUUCUAUGUGGCUCCUUGUUGAAAGGGAGUCUCCAUCUUUGUAGCCACCCUUUACUGGAACAUGGUGAUAAAGUCUCCCUUGAGCCUUCUGUUCUCUUUUUCUGAUUCACAGCAUUAGUACUUCCUAUUCAUUACUAUAAGUGUUUAGGGCUGGACUGGUAAAACAGUGGCAUUGAUGUUACUUUGAAUCCUGACUGAUAACUACUGGCUGAGCGUCACUUUUUGAGUCAAGUUUGACAACAGUUUGCAGCAUGGGCACAGGCGUCAUUCAGGUCUUAUUGCCUAGCAAGCAACUCAUUUUUACUGAGCGAUUUUCAAUCAAUCUUAGUGUCUUAAAAUCCUGAAAACAUCACAGAUGAAUAGAAUUUUAUUGCUGAAUGCUGGUUUAGCUGCAACAGCUCCUCUUCAGGUCCAUUUGUCAAGCGCCCCUUUGCCACUGUGUCCUUGGCAGCACUCAGCUGCUGAGUGCUGGGGUCUUUCUCUUGCACCCACCAGCCAGCAUUGACUUAUUGUUUCCAAGCGCUCUCCCAUCUGCCGUCUCUGGUCUCAUACUGAGGAUGUAAUUUCUUUAGACAAAAAGAGCUUUGCAUUGGUGGUUUGGGGACUUUUUUGUUGUGGUUUGCUUUGUUUUUGAUUUCUAUGGAGUGCCUAGUAAAUGGGGAGUGGAUCCAGGGUGAAUUAGCAAAUAGUAGCUAUUGUCAUGCUCCAGGCUUUCUGGGGCUACUUUUACAUGUCAUAUUUGCAGUGGUAUCGGCCACAAACACCUCAACUUUGUCACCUUUGAUGGUUCCUUGUAGCUAUGCAAGGACAAGGCAGGACAGGGUCUUUACUAGUGAUGGUAGAAAGGUUGUGGCAUGUAUGGCCAGUGACUGAGUUACUCUUAAGAUUUAAACCCACAGAGGAACCUGCUUUCUGUAACAGAAAAAAAGCUGUGAUCUACCAGGAUAAACAAAUAUUUGCAGUAAAAAUAUAAACAGCAUUUUAGCAGAAUAACAUCCUAAAUGAAGCAUGUAUUUGUUCCUUCCUUCACAAUGUAGGUACCAUGGAAAACAAUAGAUGU